AUGCCGUCGUCGCCGCGAGCCCUAGCGCUCGUCUCGCUCGCCCUCCUGAUCUGCUGCAGCUCUCCCCUCCUCGCCCAUGCACAGACGCCGGCGGCCCACGACGUCUGCGCCGGCCUGGCGACGGAUGACGCCUGCCACAACGUCCCCGAGGCGCUGCGCCUGAAGCUGAUCGGCAUCCCGACCAUCCUCGUCUCCAGCGUCAUCGGCGUCUGCCUGCCGCUCUUCGCCAAGUCGGUGCCGGCGCUCCGGCCCAACCGCAACCUCUUCUACAUCGUCAAGGCCUUCGCGUCGGGGGUCAUCCUCGGCACCGGCUACAUGCACGUGCUGCCGGACUCGCUCGCGAGCCUCGGCUCGCCGUGCCUCCCCGAGAAGCCGUGGCGGCAGUUCCCCUUCGCCACCUUCGUCGCCAUGCUCGCCGCCGUGUUCACGCUCAUGGUCCACUCCCUCAUGCUAACCUUCUACAACCGCAAGAAGAAGGGCCACGACGCCGGGGCUCCCACUCCCAGCAGCGCUGCCGUCGGCAACCUUGAGAGCACGGAGCCGGAAGCAGACUGGCACAGCCACGGCAUGGCGUUGGCCAAACCCGGCGACGCCGAGGCUGGCAAGAUGCAGCUCGGCCGGAACCGCGUCGUCGUUCAGGUUCUGGAGAUGGGCAUCGUGGUACACUCGGUGGUGAUCGGGCUGGGCAUGGGCGCGUCGCAGAGCGUGUGCACACUCCGGCCGCUGGUGGCGGCCAUGUGCUUCCACCAGAUGUUCGAGGGGAUGGGCCUCGGCGGCUGCAUCCUCCAGGCGGAGUAUGGCACCAAGAUGAAGGCCGGGCUAGUCUUCUUCUUCUCCACCACGACGCCGUUCGGGAUCGCGCUGGGGCUGGCGCUCACCAAGGUGUACCAGGACAACAGCCCCACCGCACUCAUCGUGGUUGGCCUGCUCAACGCCGUCUCCGCGGGGCUGCUGCACUACAUGGCGUUGGUGGAGCUCCUCGCUACCGACUUCAUGGGGCCCAAGCUGCAGGGGGCUCCAGUUCAUCUGCCUCACCGCCGUCCUCCUGGGCGUCGGCGGCAUGUCCGUCAUGGCCAAAUGGGAUAA